AAGAGGCGACCCUCCUUCCCCGGCUCUGGUGCUCCAUCGAGCGGCCGCAGACACCUCUGCAACCCCGCCCACUCCCCCGGCUCCGUCUAAUAAGGAAGAAGCUAGCUUGUGUGCAAGUAUACCAGAGCAAGAUGAUCGUUGGUUGUGUGUGAGUGAGUGAGAGAGAGAGACGCAAAACAAAAGUAGGUGGAGAAUAAGAGCGUUUCCCUCUGUUGGAUUAAUCUGUGCGCUGGCCCGCCGACUGCCGCGCUGAGCCGGUGAGGAAGGGAGACAAAGCCCGACAGAGAAGCGAGCGGCGCUCACUCUCACUCACUCUCACUCACUCUCACCCUCACUCACACAGUGAGUGAACGAGCAAACAGGCGAGACGGUUCCUGCGCCUCUUUUUUUGGAGGUCAACGACGAGUAUGAACUCCAGCAGUAUUUACGCCAGCCGUAAGCGGCGAAAGCCAGUUCAGAAAAGUGCAAAAUCCCUGGCAUCUGAAGGAGCAAAGUCGAAUCCAUCCAAAAGACAUCGGGACCGAUUGAAUGCAGAGUUAGAACGUCUAGCCAACCUCCUGCCUUUCCCACAGGAUAUUGUAUCCAGAUUGGACAAACUAUCAGUUCUCCGUCUCAGUGUCAGUUACCUCAGAGCUAAAAGUUUCUUUAAUGUUACUUUGAAAUCGAAUGGGAAUGGUAUCCAUGAAAACGGCAUAGCACCUCAACCAAGAUACCAUCUCCAAGAGGGAGAACUUCUGCUACAAGCUCUCAGAGGAUUUGUGCUAGUGAUUACAGCUGAAGGUUUAGUUUUCUAUACAUCAUCCACCAUUCAGGACUAUCUAGGAUUUCACCAGUCUGAUAUCAUCCAUCAGAGUGUAUUUGAACUGAUCCAUACUGAAGAUAGACCUGAAUUUCAACGGCAGCUUCACUGGGCUCUGACCCCAGAUUCAGACGAACUGGGAAAAGUGGUUCAAGGUGAUAAUGGCCUUCCAUUGUCCAUCACCCAUUACAGUCCUGAGCAACUUCCCCCAGAAAAUUCCCCUUUUUUGGAAAGGAAUUUUGUGUGCAGGUUACGAUGUCUCUUGGAUAAUUCCUCUGGAUUUCUGGCCAUGAAUUUCCAAGGCAGACUCAAGCUUCUUUAUGAACAGAACAUGAAGGGAAAGGAUGGCUCAUUUAUUCCUCCACAGUUGGCUUUGUUUGCCAUAGCAACACCACUGCAACCUCCGUCCAUUCUGGAGAUCCGAACCAAAAAUUUAAUUUUCAGAACCAAACACAAAUUAGACUUCACCCCAAUGGGCUGCGAUGCUAAAGGGAAGAUUGUCCUGGGUUACACAGAGGCUGAAUUAUGUAUGCGAGGAAGCGGCUAUCAAUUUAUUCAUGCAGCUGACAUGAUGUACUGCGCAGAAAACCAUGUCCGAAUGAUGAAGACUGGCGAAAGUGGAAUGACUGUUUUCAGACUUUUGACCAAAGAGAAUGGGUGGACUUGGGUGCAAGCAAAUGCACGACUUGGAUACAGUAAUGGGAAGCCAGAUUAUAUUAUAGCCACACAAAGGCCUCUCACGAAGGAGGAAGGGGAAGAGCAUUUGCAAAAACGAACUUUGCAGUUACCUUUUAAUUUUGCAACAGGCGAGGCAUUGCUAUAUGAAGGAAAUUGUGUAAUGCUUGGAUUAUUGGAUCCUGAAAUUAAUCAAAUUAAACACACAGUUGUGGCAGAAUCAACGAAGCAGCAGGAACCACUGGAUCCAAACUCCAUUCUUGGUGCCAUGUUAAGACAAGAUAGAUCGGUAUAUAUAUCUGAACCUUCACAGCAUCAAACAUUUGAAAAGGUCUUUUUUAAUGAGAGCAAAGAUACGGAAUUAAGUAAUGCCUAUCCAUAUAAUUGGGAAGAACUUAUGUUCAAUGAAGACAACAGUAUUAGGAAGAUUGAUUGUGUUCAGAAGCAAAAGCCUUUUCCUGCUCCUGAAAAAAAUGUAGACUUUUUGGCAAAUAGCAUUGGCAGUGAGCUUUAUAACACAAUGAAAAAUCUUGAUAUAGAACUAGAGGACUUUGAUCUCAUAAGCCAGGAUGAGACAUUCCUGAAGGUUCAGUGGGAUGAUGCUGGAGAUAUAAAUAACAUUGCAUUGAAUGAUGAAAUUCUAAAUUAUGUUCAAGAAUCGCUAAAGAAGAGGUCGGACUGCAUGUAUUCAAGCUGUAUGCAGGAGAAACCACUGAACUCAAACUCAAAUUGCAUGACGCAACAACAACCUACAACACAACGCUUGCAACAGCAACAACUUACAACGCAUAGCUUUCAGCAGCAACAGUUUCUGCCACAUUUGCAGCAACAGCAGCAACUUCAAGUGCAGCCCUUACAGCAACUUCCAGUGGACCCCGUACAGCAAUUACCAGAGCAAAGCUUUGAGCAAAAGCAUCAGCUGCCUCCAGUGCAGCUGUUGCAGCAACAACAGCAUCAGCUGCCACCUGUGCAGCGAUCACAGCAACAGCAUCAGCUGCCUUCAGUUCCAUGCUUGCAACAGCAGCAACUGCCCCCAGCACAGCAUUUGCAGCAACAGCAGCAGCAGCUUCCUCCAAUGCAGCGCUCACAGCAACAUCAGCUGCCUUCAAUGUUGUGUUCACAACAGCAGCAGCUGCCCCCAGUGCAGCAUUUACAGCAGCAGCAGCAGCUUCCUCCAAUACAGCACUUGCAACAGCAACCUCCAGUGCAGCAUUUGCAGCAACAGCAGCAGCUUCCUCCAUUGCAGAAUUUGCAGCAACAGCAGCACCUGCCUCCAGUGCAACACUUGCAGCAGCAGCAGCAACAACUUGCAACACACUUGUUGCAGCAACAACAUCCAAUCCAACAUUACCGACAGCAGCCACUUCCAUCGCAACAUUUCCAGCAAAAGCAGCAACAAUCUCGAAUGCAACAUUAUCGGCAACAGCAGCAGCUGUGCCAGAAAAUGAAGCUCAUGAAAGUCAACGGACUGUUCAGAAACUGGAACUCCGGCAGUGAAAGUCUUGGUAAUGAUCAGGAGAAGCAGUUUGAUUUCUCUCGUUUGGACAACACAUCAUCAGGGUUCCAAUAUAAAUCUGAGCUGAAUGUUGCCAAUUCAGCAUGUCACCAAGCCUUCCUGUUGUAUCAGCAGGGAGAUAGUGGGUUAACCCAGCCUUCUGACUUUAGCCAAACAGACGUGCCAGUUGAUGGCUUUCAUACACAGAACUGCAACAAAGUUAAUGGCCUGGAGGAUUACCUGGACUGUGUACAGCAGCAUUCCGAGAUUCAGGAUUGUAGUGCUAUAAGCCCAUCAAUGGAUUUGAUUACACCACAGGCAUGUUACACAGGCGCCAUGUCUAUGAUUCCAUGUUUAACAGAGAGUGACUUGCCCUGUAUGGAUACAUUGAAAUUCAAGUCAACAAACCCGAGCGAACAGCCCUUUUUAGCCAAGAUCCAAACUGGAUGCAACAAUGGAAACAGUAAUGAAGUUUAUCCAAGUAUGUUCAAUAAUGUGAAUUACACACACACAGCUCCCCAGGCUCCACACGAUCAUCCAAGAGAACCUGGACCCUACUCAAAUCAAUCAUCCAAUGGCUUUAUCUAGGCAAGCGUGGAACUUUCUGUGACAAGAAGUGUGGGAGUGUUUUUGCGUUGUUUGCUGAAGGAACCAACAUAUGUAUGUAGAAUGUGAAUGGACGCAGCUUCUAAAUUGAGGAUUAAUAGGAGCAAGAGACUGUACUGUGCUGGAUUUUAUUACAGUCUCUCUGGUCUUCAAAUACCAUCAUGCUCUUUUAUAGCUGAGUCUGGUUCCCAUAUGUAUUUUGUUCCAGGAUUCAUAUGGGAAAUAUCAAGAUGUUCCUUCACAAUGAAUGAACUGUAUUGCAAUUGUGGUUGGAUCUAGUGUUGUAGGAUUCAGCACCAAAUGUAACUUAAAAUUAACGUACUUUUACAACAACUAUAGAAGCUGGUUAUUCCAGUAUGCUAAAAGUUUUUUUUUUAAGUUGUGUUCAUUAAUUUGCCAGAUGUACUUUUGCCAAAUGGAAAUGGUCCUUCCAAGACUGUGCGUGCGAGAUAAGAUUUGACAAUCAUUUACCCUUUUCACCUUCCUCCCCACAACUAUGCAUGUUAUGGCACUUUAAAAGCAGCAGUAACACAAGGAGAAUCUGCUGGCGAGAAAUUAAACUGUAAUGGAUAUUUUCUCUGGGACACCUAACAGUAAAUAUAAAAAUAAAUUUGGUUAUAUUUAUUUUUCGUCUCAAAUUGAUACAAACCUAAAUAUUUGUAGCAGCCCCCAUACAUGGUGAUGAUGUUGGAGUAGAAGUUCACAUCAUGAUGAAUUAUAACAUCUGACAACAUUUAUGAACUUUUUCAAAAUUUGUGGCCCACCAAUUAAUGUUAUAAUGGGAAUGCUGAAGAACCCUGUGCACUAUAGACAUUUUCCUUAAGACUAAAGAAACAGCAACUAUUUUCAGUGAGAAAAAGGAAUCCCACAGAUGCUGUACAAGUAGAAUACAGAAUGGGUUGCAAUAAAGUAACUUAAAUUGACAAGAUUGUGGUUAUUUAAAAUUAAUAUCUGUGAAGAACUUUAAAUCACAAACAGUUGGACCCCAGUUUGUACCUAUCCUUUAAAGCAUAUCGGUAUGAAAUUUAUACUAAUUGUACAUUUUAGUUUGGAUUUUAAAUAUUUUUCUUCCAUACAAAUAGGAGUGUUCAAAUGUUCAAGACCGCAGCAAAUAUUUAACAUUAGAGAGCAAUCACUAAAUAUAGUGGGUAUCUUCAGGUUUUCUCCCAUUUGUGUAAGUUGCACCAAUGCACAAACCUCAAAAAUGGGCACCUUAUUUUUCCCCUUGUAAGUACGUGUCUUAACAGUUACUGAUUUUUCCACAAAUGAUCUUGCGAAGGAAUUUAAAAAUAUAAAUUAUCUUCCAAGAAUUGUGUUUUAGCAGUGAUGUCUCUUUAUCUAUUCUCCAAAAACCUCUGCCUGAUCCCAGGAACCAUGAUGUAGUCAGGUGUUUUUAAUUUAAAGAAACUAUGGUCUAUGCAGCAACCAUCUUUGUGUAAAUUGUUAGUUUUAGAUGUUGGCAUGCAGUGGGUUCUGGCACAGGUGGCAUGCAUGCAACAUCUAGCAAGACAACAGUAUUGAGGAUUAUUGUGUGGGGUUUCCCAUUAUGAGUUGUACUUUUUCCCAGUAGUUAUGUAUAUGAGUACACGAGUACCACGCCUCAGUUAUUAUACCUUCCUCUUGUAGAUUGCACUCUUGUCAGGAGACAAAAACAUACUUAAAGUAAAAGCUCUUAUUGAUUCAGCGAGCAAUUACAAAGAACUACAAUACAAUUGUAUUUUAAUUAUUAGAUGCUAUCAUGUACAGUUUAAACAAAGAAAUGUACUCUUCAAAUGCAAUUACUUUAUCAGACAGGUUUUAGACUUAAAAACACAAGUAAUGGUGCACAAUGUACCUUUUUCGAUAAUUACUAAUUUUGUACAUGUUUAAAUUUACAUGCUGUGCAUUAUGUAACAUUUUUUAAACUGUCCUUAUGAAGAUAAUUUUAUUAAGAUGCAUUUAUUACAUUUUGUAAAUUUUCUAAUUGCAUAUGCAAAAACCAAAGGACAGUGAUAUGCAAAGCUAAUGGUGUUGAUUUUUAAAAUAUUCAUCCAUUCCAUCUCUCACCUUUUUGAGGGACAAUUUGUGAUGGAUGUUACCUAACAGGAGACCCUUCAGCCUGGAAUCCAUCAUGCAAAAAGCAAACUACUAUUGAACACACAAUUUGAAAAUAUUACUCCGACACAAAAUCAAUCGGAUGUAACUUUUCCACCUCAAAGAUUGCACUAGUCGAAUGCACACAUGUUUUGUAACAUGCUCAGAAGAUUAUGACUAUAUAUAUUUAACAAGUUUCCUUUAAUAUUGCAUUAUGUACCCCAGGAAAGCAAUAUGUUAAAUAACAACAUUACAUUUCUACUAAUCUUUAAUAAUUUCACAGUUCUAUGUCUGGAACCCCACUGAGCACCCAUGUAGUAAAACGUUAGUUUCCAAACCCAAAUUAAUACUACUAGGUUUAUUACAUUAAUGAUACCUGCCAAGCUUUAACUUCUUUAGUUAUGAACAAAAAUAAAAAUUCCCAAAGAUUUGUGUCACCUGAAACUUGUAAAUGCUUACAAAUUAUUAAAGGAAAUAAACAGCAAUAGUUCCAAUUCAAAAGUCUGUAGAGAUGACAUCUGUGACCUGACUCCACACAUUUAAUCUGAGUGAAUGCAGUUCCCUACUCACAAAAUUGCACUGGCAUGUUUGAUGUCCACGUGAAACUUAACUGUUAAAUCAUUCUUUAAAGAUGGAUUUUGCGGGGGAAAAAAGGUUGUUCAAGAUAUUACCGAGUUUAGUUUCCAGAAUUAAAGCAUAUAAAAUCUAUUCUUAUCAUCCUUGGUCAACAUCUCUCAAUUUAUUCCCUUCCUCAAUCAUGUUAAUCUAGUAAAAUCUUUGUUUCCUAUAUGUAUGCUGCCGACCUCUUCAUAUUGCCAUAACUUUGAUUGCUUGUAAUACCGUUCGGUACAAUUCCUAUAAAUAAUGCCAACAUUUCUAGGUCCACUUACUUCCCCUUAAUUAUUAGACUUGCCCAUCGCCAUUUUUCCAGUCCACUAGAAUUGGACGGGACUGUAAUGGGACUGAAACUUUUAAUUCACAUGUUGGUUCCAAUUUCCUUCAUUAUUGUGUUAAAUGCUUUGAGAUCCAAUAGCAUGACCAGCCUUCCUAGUGCCUUAAUUCUAUUUAAGUUUGUUUCGAUUCAGAUUAAGUCAGAUGCAAUUAUAUUUGGCAUCUUUAUACCUCUUUGACAUUUUGCUUACCAUGAUUGAGAUCUAGACUAAAUAUUUGCAAAUAAUGGAGAUUUGAAAUCUAUGAACAAUUCUUUGGAGUAAGUGGCUUAGUUGAUUACUGUAGGACAGGAGAUAAAGUAACCUUUUUCUGUCAUUUGCCAUGUCUGAUACCAGACUAACCCUGACUGCAUAUAAAGGGAACAACAUUUCUAUCAACACUAACAUUCAUGAGUCAAAACCUUGAUUGGAAAGAUUAGAUUUAAGCAGACUUUUUUGAUCUGAAAACUGCCAGCCUGAAGCAUCAAAUGCAUUGUGGAAUUGAAAUGCAAAAUCAAUUUUCAUUGCAAGUCCGAAGUAAGUUUUUUUUUUAAUGUUUGUGAACAUAAUGAAUAGUAGCUGGGUCUACAAACACUGUAUUAAGGGUAUAAAGGGACAGCAUCAUUAUUGUACACAAGUACUGUUUGUGAAGUACAGCUGUAUCAUAUUAUAGUCUAUUAAGCCAAAUACAAACCACCAUCCUGUUACUAAGUGCCAAAUAUCCAGUACAACUUGUGUACUGUCUUAUCAGCAUUUUCAUUUGUUGUACUACACACAUAGCUGCUUAUUAGUGUUUUGCCCGAUACUUUCUACAGCAGCUUGCCUUGGUAGUAUAUAAUGAAAUAGUGUAUGCAGGACUAUGAUGACUGCAGUAACACAGUGAAGAUUUGGAACUAGUUCGAAUUCUGCUCUCUGCCCUCCUUUUUUUGUUAAAGUGGUGUUUAAACAGUAUUACUAUAAAUGUUUCUUGUAUAUUUUUUGACUUGUUUAUAUUUGUUUUGCUCACAAAUUGCUAUGUCCACACACACUGUACAUGUUUCCCUUAAAAUAUGGUCUUCAGUGAAGUUUGUAAAACUUCAGUAUUGUAAUUAAAGAAAAUACUGAA